AUGCUCGCUGGGCGACCUAGCACCCUAGGUGCCGCCCUUUUGGAAGACGAUGCUCCGCCAUACGAUGCAACGGGCGCGCAGAGAGAAGAUUUGCCCCAAUAUGAGCCGCCGGCGCCUUCGCACAAUCGCGAGGCUCAUGAAGUGCCCCUUCACACAUACUACCUUCGCGCUCCCGAUCGGAAGAACCUAGUGGCUGUGCCCUAUGGCCUCUCGGCGCCCGGCUCGUUCAAGUUUACUUCGCGCGGCUCCCGUCUGUUCUCCAAGAAGCCGGAGAUGGACGUCUGGCGCUCCGUCCGCGCAAGUGCUCCCACCGAGGACGAGUACGUCGCCGGUAUAUGGUUCGAUACAGAUGGACCGCUCCCCUGGUGUCCUCGCGCACGCUUCGUUCGACAGGAUCCAACUGCAGGCAACCAGACGUACAAGAUGGAAGCGCGGAACUUUUCCGACUGGACGAUAUCAGUGGAUGGAACACUGUACUCUUGGAUCCUCGAAGCGAAGCCUUUCUCGCUAGUACUUCGCCAGGAUGGUAGGCAGGAUGCGGUUGCACGCUUCAACUUCUCGGCCUGCGGACUGGUGGCUACUGGAGGCGCUGAAGUCGGCGACUUGACUCUAUACCGAGAUGGACUGUCGCAAGACAAGGCAGGCGUGGAUGUCAUCCUGUGCGGUCUAGUUACAGCCCUCCUGCAAUUCAAGAAGAUGGGAAGGCAUUAUAAGAACGAGCCAGACGCUAUUGCGCAGCGUGCCAUGCUACCUGAGGAGCGAGUUCCUCUGCAUCGAUCCGGCGUAGCGCAGUUCUGGUCGUAUCAACAAGAUGGAUCCACGAUCGGAUAG